AUGUCAUCAACGAGCUCUUUUGACGUGCUCUACAGAAAGGGGGAGCACGUUUCGCUCGUGGAGUCGUUCCCAUCGUGGCUUGAAAGCAAUAUUGACACAAGCCUAGGCGACUCAUCCAUUUUUCAUGCUCUGGACAUCUACUUAACGGUAUUGUCUGGAUUUGGCUUAAUUGCCGAAUCCAAGUUGUUACCGGAAUUCGACGAAUAUAUGGAAAUAUUCUUCAAAUUGAAAUGUUCAGACAAAAUCUCUCUGAUGCCCGAUGCGUUGUUUGAAAAGCAUUUACUUAUCCUUGUCGAUGGGUAUUCACAAAUCGGAGUUGCCAAAGAAGAGUAUUUCACGCAUGUGAGAAUGAAAAGGGCGCUUGGUGAGCCUCCAUCCGAGAAGGUUCAUCAAAUUUACAGUCUAAAAAUCGAACAAAAAUCGGGCAAACGUGGAGGGUGGGUCGAGGCAAUCAGAGGAAAUCAACUUUUCGUGUCCCUUGAGAAAUUCGCAGAAAAACUCAACACAAAGCUUAAAAAUCCAAGGGCAAUGGGGAUAGGUGCCACCCUCUUUUUCGUAUUGCUGAUCGUUUUUUGGAUUCGAAAACAUGUGCCUCGCUUCUGGUCCAGGAUGCUGGCUUCAAGUUCGCUACUAGCAUACUCCUUGCUCGCUCCAAUUUAG